AUGGCAUCUGACGAUCAGCAAUCCAGCAUGCUGGAAGCUCUACAGGAGAUUCAGCGCACCCAGGCUCUUCUAGUGAACGCGGUCGAAUCGCUUUCUGGUAGAUCGAUCGAGGAAUCAGGUGGAGAUGUUGGCAAGAACACCGUCCUUGAGCCAGGUUCUCGUGAAGAUGACAAUGAGGGCGGAACACCUUCAGUAGAAGUCCCUGCUGCCUCUGGAGGCAAAUUGAAAGCUCCUGCGCUUCCCUCACCUGACCAGCGUCAACAGCAAGGAUUCACAUCGCGUAUUAUUCUGACGACUUACCCCAAGCAGAUUGGAAUUAAUCCUUUGCCCAUGGACUGGGGAAAUCAAGACCCCGUUAAGCGUGGCCCUAUCGUAGUUUCAAGGGCUGCUUCUACUAUUCGACGUCGUAAUGGUUCUGGUGGUUCGUACUCGAUCUACUAUGCCCUCGCCGUUGCCAGCAACGAAUUGAACGCCGACCACCGUCCCGACUUCACCAACACCGAGCCGGCCGCGAACAUUGGCCCUUUCCCUCAAUGGGGAGACCCCAAGAAGAUUGUUGCCAUGGACCCCUGGGGACAUCUCGCUCCCUGGCUGUUCAAGGACACCAUCGAGAAGGACAACGUCGAUAUUCGACCAACCAUUGCCAUCACCAAGGCUCAUAUGAAGCUUCCUGAACUUGCCGAAAGUGUCAAGGCUGGUCGACUUGUCCCCGAUGGCAAGGUUUGCCUGAACGAUCAGGGUGAACUGGCUGUCACCAAGUUUGCCGUUGAACCUGUCUGGUACCUCCCCGGUGUGGCGGAGCGAUUCGGUAUUGACGAGGCCACUCUACGACGUUCCCUGUUUGAGCACACAGGAGGAAGUUACCCGGAGCUUAUCACACGCGGAGACAUCAAAGUAUUCCUUCCUCCGAUUGGUGGUCUCACUGUGUACUGCUUCGGAGAUCCAGCCAAGAUGUCGGAUGAAUCGGUUCGACUGUCUCUGCGAAUCCACGACGAGUGCAACGGUAGCGACGUGUUCGGAUCUGAUAUCUGCACUUGCCGUCCUUACUUGAUCUUUGGUAUCGAGGAAGCGGUCAAAGAGGCCCAGAAUGGUGGCAGUGGUGUUGUCAUCUACUUCAGAAAGGAAGGCCGUGCGUUGGGAGAGGUCACCAAGAUCUGGGGUACUAAUUCUGGGGUAGUGGUUUACAACGCCCGUAAACGCGGAGCCGAUCGCGCAUCAGACUAUUUCAAGAGGACCGAGAACAUUGCAGGUGUCAAAGACAUGCGAUUCCAGGCUCUCAUGCCGGAUAUCCUGCACUGGCUGGGCAUCAAGAAGAUUGACAGGAUGCUUAGCAUGAGCAAGUGA